AAUUUUCAAGAUGACAGUUAUAAGUUCUGAUUCCUCUUCGAACCAUCAUGCCGUGUGAAUAUCUAAAAUAUCUAGAUACUGCGCAUUCGAAGUCCGAUUCACACAUGGAAUUCAUGGAAGUUUUCUCGUCGCCGGGUGUGCAGGUUAUGGUCAAUUUUUUUGGUUAUGGUAGACUAAACAAUGCGAUACACGUGAUUGCGAUUUAACGCGUUCGAAUCAAUAAUAAAAAUAAAUUGACAGCCGCGAAUGGAGUGCAUGUCACAUUACGUAUUUUGAAUACGUAUUCAUAGUUAAUCGCAAUGCUGUCAACGAUGCUCCAGCGAGCGCUGUCCGGCAAAACGGCGCCCUGCCUGAGUCGUUUGUUAUCCCUGGGACGGAUGAACAAGUUCUCCGACUCUACCGCCGCGAGAAACGAGAGCGGCGGUACGCCGAGCGCCGGCGAGUCGCAGAGUGAACGUGCCGCGGGCGACGACGUGAAGGUUCCCACGGGCGAGGAGAGCGUUUCGCGCCUACUGAAGGAGGCUGCCACUUACAGGGACGCCAAGGACACGAAUUGGGCGACGAGCCCAUACCCGGCCGACGCCCCGACCUCCGUCGAGGAGGAGGUCGUCAAGCCGAAGCUCAACCCGUUGGACACCUGCGUCGUGCUCUUCCCGGGCCAGGGCACCAUCAAGGUCGGCGCGGUGCAGAAGUACCUGCGUUUCCCGCAGGCGAAGGCACUGUUCGAGAUAGCAAACGAGAUUCUGGAUUACAAUCUGCUGAAGCUCUGCCUGAAGGGCCCGCAGGAGAAGCUGGACCAGACCCGCUUCAAUCAGCCGGCCACGGUGGUGAGCUCGCUGGCCGCGCUGGAGCAGCUCCGCGAGGAAAGGCCCAGGGUAUUCGAAACGUGUAAGGCGGCCGUGGGCUACAGCGUAGGCGAACUAACCGCCCUGAUCUUCUCAGGCGCGAUAUCCUUCGAGGACGGCGUCAGACUGGUCUCCGUGAGGGGCGCCGCGAUGCAGUACGCCGCCGACAAGUGCUCUCAGGGAAUGCUGUCGGUGUACUGUACUCCGGAGGCUGAGGUGUCGAAGGCGUGCAAGGACGCUGAGAAGUGGGCACAAGAUUGCGGCGUAGAGACGCCCGUUUGUCAGGUGGCAAUAUAUUUGUGCACCCAAUCGAAGAUCCUGGCUGGGAACACUCAGGCGCUCGAGUACAUAGAGAAGAACGCGAAGAAGUACGGGCUUUCCAAGUUGACCAGGCUGCCGGUGUCGGGCGCGUUCCACACGAAACUGAUGGAGCCGGCGCUCAAGUCCUUCGGCAAGAUGCUCCACACGUUAGAAUUCAACGAUUUCAGAUGCCACGUCUAUUCAAAUUGGAAGGGGCAUGAAUACGGCAAUCCGUCGUUAAUUAAGAAAUACUUGACGAAGCAAAUCGUGCUGCCUGUGAGAUGGGAGCAGACCAUACAGUUGGUGUACAACAGACCCACCGGCACCGCCUUCCCGCGAACCUUCGACGUAGGGUCGGGAGGAAGGAUGUCAACGAUCUUGAAGUUGAUUAAUGGCAAGGCGCACGAACACUGUAUAGUCGUCUAGUUUCUUUUAUAUUUCUUGGCAGUGUCGAAGGAAAGUUUGAGCGUCGCGGUUGACGUUAUUUUGUACAUACUCGUUGACGGACUUUAUUAUUCCAAUUGGGACAUACGAAAAUAAAGAAGAUCAGAGUUAUAUUAGGUACAAGAAAUAUAUAUGUGUCCAUUUAUUUAAAUAUAAAUUUGACGUUAUUUUGUGUAUACUUGUCGAGAAACUUUAUCACAGUAUCGUUUCGACAUGCUAAAAUAAAGACCAAUGAAAUGUCUAAUGAAAAAAA